AAUCCACGGCAAACCUUCAACCUACGGCACAACACCGGUACCUUACUCCCUGUUCGCCUGGUCUCCGCUAGGGCCGCUCACCACUCUUUUGUUUGGGGACUGGUGCGGUGGGAAAGUACGUGAAGGCAGUGUAAAGGCAAGCUGGACUAGCCAUGGUGGUGGUGAGGCUGUGAAGCGUUUUGUCGAUAAAGAUAUCACUUUUUUGUUGCUUUCGCUGGUGUGUCUUGCUAACAUCAAUGUUAGCAACAAGCCUGUUCGUGUAAAUGCUAUUCACUAGAAUGGACCUGUUGAACUCUCAGUUCCUGGACAAGAUGAACAAUAACAUCGGGAGACUGCACUACGAAGAUGAGUCCAGGACACCCUCCCUGCCGACUGCCAUGUCCAACAUCACUGGCCCUCCUCCUCACUGCCCAAGCAAACGGAAGUAUGGCGAAGAACAAAUGGAUGACCAAAUCAACUGUGAUGAUGACCACAUGACCAAAAUGAGCAGAUUGUUUGCCACUCAACUGGCCCGUCCCUCUGCUGGAGACAAUCGUAAUGAACACUGGAGCCUUGCUCAUACUCCUAUGGAGCAUGUUACUUCCUCCUCCAACGGUCUCCAUGGGAACCACCUGUAUGCUUCUUAUUCUAGCUAUGCUGUAGACCAGCCUCUGGCUCUGACCAAAAGCAUCCACGACGUUGGAGUCAGGACCAAAGGGAGGUCUGUCAUUAGCGGGACUGUGGAGCGACAGCAGAAUCGUCCCUCUGUUAUUACCUGUGCCCCUGCGAGCAACCGUAAUUGUAACCUCUCGCACUGCCACAUGAACGGCUGUUUACCCAGCCCACCUGCUGAUGAGAUGAAGACCAACGCCAACACAGAAUGCGAUCCUGUGAUUGAGGAGCACUUUCGUCGCAGCCUUGGAAAGAACUACAAAGAAGCAGAGCCUGUGUCCAACUCCGUGUCCAUCACCGGUUCAGUGGACGACCACUUUGCCAAGGCGCUGGGAGAUGCCUGGCUUCAAAUCAAGGCUAAGGAUGGGGGUUGUCAAACCCCAGAGGCAGAUCAAUGAAGCAGAGGGAAGUUAACAUUACCAUCACUUCCUUACUGUUUCCAUAUGAGAGUGGAGAUGGCCCACCGUCAUUUCUUGCCAAGCAUCAACUUCCCUUAGCCAAGAACAAUGUAAGUCAUAUGGUGCUCACAUAGGCUGUUCCCUUGUGGACAUCCAGGUCGACUUUUUAGAACGCUCAGUUCAUAUUUAUACUCUAAAAAUUGGCUCUUCAUUGAGAAAAGAACUAUUGCGUAGUUGGGUUGACAAUGUUAGAUGUGGAAACUGUACAAUCAGAAUUUUUUUAUUUUGCAUUUAAAAUAAGAUUCACAAAGUGUUUGGUUGUUUAGGAGCUCAUGUUCUUGUUUGACUUUGCCUUUACUUUGCAUCAACAGCCAAAGAAUUUCCCUUCAUGUCCCAUCAACAUAUAAGCCAUAGAUCUUCCUUUCUAAAAUCACACUGCUCUUUAAUCUUUUUUUACUUGAAAAAGUCAGCCAGAUGUCAUUUUCUCUUUUUACAAUUCUGACGUUUAGGUAGCAGGUUACCUUCAUAGAUUCGUUUUGAAUCAAUGUGUUCAAGAACGAUCCUUGUGUUUUGAAAUUGUGGACAUGCAAUUAAUGCCCCCCCCCCCCCCUUGUACUUUCUGAAGACAUUAAUAAUGUCUUAUUUAUGAUUCUGAACUGGACUUAUCCACUAUUAACUGAAUUAUUUUAGUUUCCUGUCUAUAUGCUAACUGUGGCUGAUUACUUAGUAAACUAAUAUCAAUCAUAGUAGAUGUGCCUAACUAGAAAGCAUGUUUCAAAUAGCUGGUUUCUAUUACAAACCUUAUUCUAUACUAUAUAUUUACUCAGAAUUUAUUUUUUAUCUGUAACAUUUUAGAAAUACUCACUGCUGGUACAGUUGUACUCAAUAUAUUUUUUGUAUCUGGUUUUCAUUACUAUAUGUAGGUGUAUAUCUUAGCACCCACCUACAAAUCGCAGCCUCUGGAAAGGUUGUCUGAAUGCAGUUUAAAAGGCUAACUUGCUUUGUUAUUCUGUGGACCUGGAUGCUUACGCUUUCUAAAUGACUGAAUACAGCAACAUCUGACCUUUCAGUAGCAGUCUGCUAGCAGUGGCUUUAUUUAUUUUGAACAUGUCAAUAGUUACAUUUUGGACUUGGUGACAACAAACUAACUGUUACUUUCUAACAGGAAGUCUUCAAUGCUUCAAUUGCAAAGCAGUUGAUUCCCCUUAGAACUAAGAUUUAAUGCCCAUGCAAUUCCUGAACAAAUAUUAUUAUUAUUAUUAUUAUUAUUAUUAUUACACCAUGGCUGCCUGACCCUUAUUCGUCACUCCAGUUUUGUUAAGAAUGACAAGUAUGUAUGUCUUUUAUGAUCAAGGCGGUGUCGUGGUGUGAGCUGCCAUAUCUUACUUUAAAUAGAGAGAAAGGUGUCAGUGGGUAACAAAGGUUUUUUUUUUGUGCAGAUUAGUUUUGUUGAAUUUUCUUUCUCACCCUUCUGAAAUUCUCUACUUAAGGUAGCCUAACCUAUUUGUCAACACUGAUUAAGAUAUGGUAUUGCAAUUUCAGUUUUUUUUGUAUGUCAAUUAACUGUCAUAUACAUUUGUAUUAAUAUCUUACAGUUUUUGAAAUUGUUACAUACACUAUCCUGUCUUUAUAUAUUUUAUUUUACUCAUUUAAGACUAUCGUUGCGCCGCGCGGAAUGAUCAUAGAUAUUUGUUUUUAUUCAGAGUAGUGUACUCCUAUGUAGCAUGGGUGCUUAUUAUCUUCUAACCAUGCUUUUGUAUCUUCCUAAAGUUGGUUUAUCUUCCCAGAAUUGUCAGAUGAUGAAUACGUGCAGGAACACAACAGUCUUUCGAUCAAAGACUUUCUUGGUACAGUGUCAAAGACUUCUGUACUAACGGUUAAAGAGUUUGUUUAGCUUCUGUGUGUACCUUAGCGGAGUUUAGGGAUUAUCAUCGAAUCUGUUUGUUUGACACAAGUAGAUGUUUCAGUAAGAUGUUUGGGGGUAUUAGUCCAUUGUUAUUUAAUUGCUAUAUAGACUACCUGUACUUUUAAGACUGUUUGCAGAAAUGACCUGCUGCAGGUGUCAUACACAUAGAAAAAAAAGUAAUAUUUGUUCACUUUUGUCCUUUUUUCUCUGGAAGAAAAUGCCACUGUUUUGUACUUAAUUUCUUCCAAAUAAACAUAAAAAUACCUAC